CCAAAUAUUUAAAAACACGAGUGGUUAAAGUUUAAUCCACUGUCAUGAUGAUGAUGUGGCAAUAGAAGCUGUGUGUCAGGACUCAUUCUUCGCCUGGAGAACAAGGUGGCAGUAACACUCAUGUAGUAUGGUCUCUUAUGGAAUAUGGGAUGAGUAAAGCAGACCUCGUUAACGGUUGAAAGAAGGAUUUUCCGCCAUGAAUGGAUACCCAAACUGCUCUACCAACCACACUAAAAUUUGGAGUCAUUAUUUAGUGCUUGCACUGGGCAUCCCUCAGCUGACCAUUAACAUAGCAUCUGUGAUCUUCAACUGCACAGUCAUCUUCACCAGAAUGGCGACAAAGGAUCUGCACAAGCCUAUCUCUAUACUCUUCUGCAAUUUGGCUUUUUCUGAUCUCUUCACCAGCUUUUCUGGCUUUUGGAUUUCAAUGCUGUUCAUCACCAAUCCUGACAUCACAAUCUUUGGAUCCAAGGAUAUGCUUGCACCUUAUGCCUUAUAUACUACGUCUAUUUUAUCCACCAUCUAUAACUUGGUAAGCAUUGGAAUUGAACGCUAUCUGGCUGUGGCUGAAAGCAUGAGGACAAGAUUCAGGGUUGCUAGAAACCAUUCCAUAGCUGCAGUUUUCAUUAACUGGGUCCUUGCUUUCUUUUUGGGCUGCUUGCCAUUGAUGGGGUGGAACUGCUUGCGUAUGGAAAAACAUCUCUCUGUCCUCUACAGCCCAUUUUGUGUCGACUACCUCAUCUUCAUCACCAUUCCCAAUGUCGUGGUGGCUUUUAUUGUACCUCUGUUCACUUACCUUAGAAUCAUUAUCAUCCUGAGGAAAAGGAAGCUGAGAAUGAAAGCAUGUGGGCAAGCUACCGGCACCUACAAAUCAGCUGAAAUCCAGGUUGCCAGAACCAGUAUUUUUAUCUGGCUCCUGGCGUUGAUCUCCUACGCUCCUUUUUUCGCCGGCGUCAUAUUCGAUGCAACUAACCAUCAGUGCCACGUUGAUCUCUACCCAGGCGUCUACAUCUUUCGAAACUGCACGGCUAUGCUGAUAACCAUGAACUGUUUGGGAAACCCCGUAAUAUAUACCCUGAAAGCCAAAACUCUGGGGGCUAAGCUCAAGGCUCUGAAAUGCUUCUCCGCCAACCGCGUCCGCGCCUGCACCAUUGAGAACAUCUAG